CCGAACACUCUGAUUGCAAAUACGGAAAUACAGUGAGAGCAUCCUGGUAGUUAUUUUUCAAUCGUUAUUUUACAUUAUUUUAAGAAUCGGUGGUUAAAAACAGAUUUACAGAAUAUAAGCAACACGCGUAUUACACGUUUUUCUCCUGCUCUAUGGAUUUAUUGCAGCUUUUAUCAUGGGCCUGCAUCGUGUUCACAAUCGGGAUGUUCUCGACUGGACUGAACGACCUAAAGAAGAUGCGAGAAUCCAAAAGUGCAGACAACAUCCAGUUUCUCCCCUUCUUGACCACGUGUCUAAAUAACCUAGGUUGGUUGUCUUAUGGGUUGCUGAAGAAAGAUCAGACAAUUGUCCUGGUCAACAUCAUUGGAGCACUUCUCCAGAUCCUCUACAUUGUCAUGUACUUCCACUACACAAAAGAAAAGAGGCUGGUGAUGUUCCAGACUCUUGCUGCAGGAAUAGUCCUGGUCUGCGUCUGGCUUUACUUCACCACCUUUCUCACUGAUGGAGAAGCUCGGCUCAGUCAGCUCGGUCUUAUCUGCAGCGUGGUUACUGUCAGCAUGUAUAUGUCACCACUUACCGAUCUGGUAAAAAUUGUGCGUAGUGGUAAUGCACAGUGCUUGUCCUUCCCCCUGACCGUAGCUACCUUUUUCACUUCAACCUCCUGGGUCUUGUAUGGCCUCCAGUUGAAUGACUAUUAUGUUAUGGUCCCUAACACACCAGGAAUCUUCACCAGCCUGAUCAGAUUUUAUCUGUUUUGGAAAUUUGCAUCCGUCGAUCAAAGCUCACCUUCUUAUAAGUCUUUGCAGAUAUGAAGAUCAAAGUGUGAGAGUCAUAAAAAUUGAACACAAUUUUAAAUCUUUUGAUCCCAUGGAGG